AUCUCUAACCCAAAAGUUCCUCUGUGGCAAUGAAAUUGGAGAAGAAAAUCAUGUUUCCAACACGCUCUCUAGUUUUUCGUUGCAACCAGUUUCGACAUGUCAGUGUUGAGGAGCAUAAUCCAAAAUGAUUCGGUCAGGUUGCUCUUGAUAUCCUUGUUUGCCCAUCUUUUUGGCAUCAUACCUUACGCGAGGCAACACUGUCCUUAUUCGUUUUAUUACGCGGGAGACUCUAAAUUGUUGCUCAAGAAUGUUUUGGCAAGACAAGAUCGUGCUGAUCAAAUGGCCGAUUUAUAUUGGAGAGACAAAUUACAACAAGAUUAUCGCAAUCUAUCAGAUCCAUGGAGCGAAUUAGCGGUUGUCGUCAUCACAACCAAAAGGCAAAAAAUGGACUACCUGAAGAGGACCUUGGCUGCAAUCAAUGAGAAUCUGAUUGUCAAGUCUCAGUUAAAGACCGGAGUCAUGGUGUGCAACACGGACAUUGAUUUUAAAUCCCAUGGGGCUGUAAAAUCCGUAUCAUUUGCUAUGACGACCUACAAUGUCUACCAAUUUCGAAAAAAAUCCUUUUCAAACGAUCUGCAGAAGGAAACGCACGAUUUCAGUAUUUGUCUGAACGAGUCAUUACUUCAUUUUCGUUCCGACUUUUUCCUUGUCAUGGAAGAUGAUAUGAUUGUACUCAAUGAAUCAGCUAAAAGGUUAAAUACCAUUUUGGCUCAACUGCGUGGAACAGAAUGGACUGCCUUAAAGUUGUUUUAUCCCUUGGGUACGAAUUGACUAUUGCGCAUAUUGUAGAACUGAUCGUUUUUUCCUCUUUGAUCACUGGAUUUGUGAUCGCAAUGUUUUGCUCAAUAUUCCGAAAGCGUGGUCGGGAGACUCGCUUGACAUAUUUGGCAUUGACUUUGCUGCCAAUUGUGAUUGGCACGUUUUUACUCUUGGGACGGCAACACAGUGUUUUGGUGAUUUACCAUUACCUCGCUCCGAAUACCCUUAUUCCGUUCCCCGCGGGUUCAACGGGAGCAAUUGUGUUCGCCAGGGAUAAAUUAUCUCAUGUCAUCAGGUACUUGGAUCACAAGAAGCUCACCGCCACCAUUCCCAUCGACUUCAUUUUGAGGGACUAUUUUCACGCCAAUCUCAACGAAGCCGCCUUUUUAGUGCAAGAAAACCUCCUUGCUCACGUUGGCUUUUCUUCGUCUAUUCCUGGUCGAAAGCGGAAUCCCAAGCACUUCUACUAUUAUGCUUAAAAUAAUUAGUUUCCCAAUUUGAAGCUACUCUUAGUCUCUUAUAUUGACACUCAAAAAGAUACCAAUCCGCUAUGAUUUAUUAGCUGCAAUAUAAGUUAGUGGAAGCCUGA